AUGAGUGGAACGGCGACCGCACCUCCUACCUCCACCGGCAGCGACAAGCUCGACGCCCUCAAGCAAACUGCUGAGGCCAAGCUCGAGCCCGCGAAGCUGUCCGGCCUCUCCCUCUACUCCCGUUUCGCCUUCGCUGGCGCCGUCUGCUGUUCCGUCACCCACGGCGCUCUGACCCCAGUCGAUGUCGUCAAGACCCGCAUCCAGCUCGACCCAGUCACCUACAACCGCGGUCUCAUCGGUGGAAUCUCCCAGGUCAUCAAGAACGAUGGUGCUGGUGCGCUCUUGACCGGUGCUGGUCCUACCUUCGCCGGUUAUUUCCUCCAGGGUGCUUUCAAGUUCGGCGGUUAUGAGUUCUUCAAGCAGCAGUCAAUCAACACAAUCGGCUACGAGAACGCAAAGAACAACCGUACCGCCGUCUACCUCGUGUCCUCUGCUUUUGCCGAGUUCUUCGCCGACAUUGCCCUCUGCCCCCUCGAGGCUACCAGAAUCCGUCUUGUGUCUGACCCAGGUUUCGCCAAUGGAUUGGUCUCUGGUAUGAGCAAGAUCGCCAGCCAGGAAGGUCUCGGCGCCUUCUACUCUGGUUUCGGCCCAAUCCUCUUCAAGCAGGUCCCAUACACCAUGGCCAAGUUCGUCGUUUACGAGAAGGUUGCCGAGUACGCAUACGCCAACUUCUUCGACAAGAACAAGACCAGCGCCGGCAUGCAGACCACCAUCAACCUUGGCUCUGGUCUCAUUGCUGGUUUCGCUGCCGCCAUCGUCUCCCAGCCAGCCGACACCAUGCUUUCGAAGAUCAACAAGACCAAGGGUCUUCCAGGAGAGAGCACCACUAGCCGACUCAUCAAGAUCGCCAAGGAGCUUGGUCUUCGCGGUUCAUACAGCGGUAUCGGUGCCCGUCUCUUCAUGGUUGGUACUCUCACCGCUGGUCAGUUCGCCAUCUACGGUGACAUCAAGAAGGCUCUUGGUGCCACUGGCGGUGUUGAGAUCGCCAAGUAA